AUGUCCGGUACUAAAGAAGAGAAGAACUAUGUGGAGCUCACCCCAAGGGACCCAAUUGUCGGGGAGAUUCUCCACCGUAAAGUCGACGCCGAUGAGGCUUUACAGGUUGUCACCGGCGAUAAUGCCGACGCAAUCCAUCUCGAUGCGGAGACGGAACGUCAUCUGCUACGGAAGAUCGACUGGAACCUCAUGCCGUUGAUGUGUCUCAUUUACUGUCUCAACUAUCUUGACAAAACCACCAUCUCCUACGCUAGCAUCAUGGGUCUGAAGGAGGACCUCAAUCUCGUCGGGGACAAUUAUCAAUGGCUGGGAAGCUUGUUCUACUUUGGAUAUCUCGGCUGGGAAUUUCCAACCAACCGCCUUAUGCAGCGAUUUCCCCUCGCCAAGUACUCGGCCUUCAAUGUCAUCAUGUGGGGGCUUGUUCUCGCUCUAUUUGCUGUGACAGAGAACUUCGCAGGCGCCGUUGUCAUUCGCCUCUUCCUAGGGAUUUUCGAGGCCGCUGUCACUCCUGGCUUUGCGCUGUUCACAUCACAGUGGUAUACAAAAUCAGAGCAAGGUUUCCGCACCAGCAUUUGGUUCUGCUUCAAUGGCUUUGCGCAGAUAUUUGGCGGUUUGGUAGCAUAUGGAUUUGCCCACGGUGCUUCUGUUUAUGGUUUCUCAAUCGCACCUUGGAAAGCCAUCUUCGUUUUUACCGGUUUGCUAACGAUCGCUGCCGGCAUCAUAUUCCUCUUUGUUAUGCCCGACAACCAGCUCAACGCCCGGUUUCUCACCCCAGAGGAGCGGGUACUGGCCGUCCACAGAAUCAAGGUUAACGCUCAGGGUAUCGGCAACAAGCACUUUAAGUGGUACCAAAUGAAGGAGGCUUUCCUGGAUCCCAUGGUCUGGGCCUUCGCUUUCUACGCACUGGUGGCUGAUAUUCCCAAUGGAGGCCUCACCAACUUUUUCAGUCAGCUUAUCGUUUCUUUUGGCUAUACUCCGCAGCAGAGCCUUCUGUAUGGGACUCCUGGAGGGGCUGUCGAGAUCAUCGCCUUACUGAUUUGCGGGUAUGUUGGCGACCGCCUCGGGAGUCGGUUGUUGGUAUCUAUGUCCGGCCUUCUAUUUGCUAUCUUCGGUGUGAUCUUAAUUGUUGCGAUUCCCCUCGACAAGCCAGCCGGGCGGUUGGUGGGGUACUACUUCACACAGGCGAGUCCGACACCGUUUGUCGCGCUCCUAUCACUCAUCUCCACAAAUAUCGCAGGCUGGACAAAGAAGACUAUGGUAGCGGCUAUAUAUCUUGUCACAUACUGCGUGGGGAACAUAAUCGGCCCACAAACUUUCCGACCGCAGGAUGCGCCCGAUUACAGGCCAGCCCAGAUUAUAAUCCUCGUGUGCUGGUCCGCUUGUCUGGGAGACAUACUCUUCAUCUGGUGGUAUUAUCGCCGGCAGAACAAGAAGAAGGCGCUGAUCCGGGCUCAGCCGUCCUACACCAAACUUGAGAAUCAAGAAUUCCUUGAUUUGACAGAUAGAGAGAACACUGAGUUUGUUUACACUCUAUGA